CUCUUCUUCUUUGUGCAGCCCGACAAACCCCCCCAAAGCCACCGACUUCCUCUCCUUUGAAAACCGAAAAAGGGGCUUGAAAUUCUCCUUCUUUCUUGUUCAAUCACAAGAUUUGGGGCUUAGAAUCUUCUCCCUCAACCCAGAAAAUCCCGGUCUGCUCUACUUCUUCCUCCCUUGUCCGUCGGGUUCUGCUGGGUUUGAAUCCUUCGACUUUUUCUGGUAAGCCACAGCCAAGAAAUCAUCUCCUUAGCCUUGAUUUAACUUGGGUUACUCUAAUUUUUGGUUGUGGUUCUUGAAUUUUGGGUAGUUUCCGUGAGUUUCCCCUGCAGAUGCCGCCGGCUUCUUCUCCCUUCCAAGUCCGGUUCUGCAGCUGGAUUUUCUGGUAUGUUGACAGCCCCUCCAAGCCCCGAAUUUGUCCAUUUAUUUGCUGAUUUGUGUGUCCGAAAAUCUGCUGGAAAUAGGGGAGAAAAUUGAUAGUAAUUAGACCAUGAUUUAACUUAAUUCAAGUGGGAUUUAUAUGAUUGAGUGUUAAUUGUCUGUUGGGUGAUUUUUGGAGAAAAUCCCGUGAAUUAGCUAGGGUUUUGGCCAAUGUUUGGAAGUUAGAGUUACUGUUCACGUCGUGAGCACUGUUCAUGGGUACUGUUCACACACCGAGGGUUAAUGAUUAACGGGGAUUUAAAGGUUUAGUUUGUGAUAUAAGAAUGAAAUUGGAGAUGUUGGGUUAUGUGGAGAUUGAUAGAAAUAGCACUGUGAUUGGGGGUAGUGUUGAUGAUGAUUUCAGUUUGAAUUUAUGGUAGUGCGAUAUUAAUUCUUGGAAUAUUGUGAUUAGGUUUUGAUCAUUCUGUCACCGUAGCACUUGGGUUAGCCUUUUGUUCUGUGCGAGUGAGGUAAGUAAAUUAUGGUAAAGCCC